ACGCACACAAGGAUACAUUCUAGAGGAAGUAACAAACACUUGAUUGUCGAUUUUUCUUUUAUAGAUAAAUCAAAACUGGCUUUAUUACUUCCGAGUCCUACAUCAUCUAACAUAUUACAAAUCGACAAUUGUCAGAGUUUGAUCGUUGAAUAGUAGUCAGUAGAUGAUGGCAAGAUUUCAAUUUGAAGUUGAGCUGGCAGCAGAUGAAGAUCCGAAGAAUAACAUCAUAGUUAUAAGAUCAAUAACAAAAGAGGAUGGAACAACAUAUCUCAUGCCGACAUGCUUCCAAGCAGCAAAACACCAUAGUCAAUUGGUAAAGUUACCAGAAUUUUUGAGAAUAAAAAAAACAUUACAGAAAAGAGGUCACAAUAGAAGGGUCUGGAUAUCUAUGCCAAGUGAUAUUUUAGCUCUUUAUGUAGAUGAUGCCGGAAAUAUGGUAUUUAAUGAUUAUUUAUUACAAGAAAUGACGCAAGUUACGAGCCAAUCUAUUACAGAUGGAAAAUUAAUGGAAAUUUUAGAGAAAUUAAAUGGUAAUUCCUAUGUGAACAAAGAACAUCACAGCAAUUUAAGCAAAUUAAAUGAAAAAUUUGUUUUAAAGAAGUUUGAUAACAAGAUAGCUAAUGCCAAACAGUGGCUGCAAAGUUUUGAAAGUGAAUGUACAAGAUAUGAUUUAAAUGGUGAUACAGAGAAAAUCAGUGCUUUAAAAUUAUUUCUGAAUGACUCAGAAUGUGACUGGUAUGAGUCUAUGUUAAUUAAACACAGCUUGAACUCGUCAUGGAAAAUAUGGCAAGUGAGUUUUUUAAAUACAUUUGCAGAUAAAAAUUGGUCUUCUGUAAUGUAUGCGCUGAACUUCAAACACUUGAAUGGUCCUCUGCUAGAAUAUGCAUUGAAAAAGCAAAGAUUGUUACUAGAGUAUAAUAGUGAUAUAGAUACCAGAACUCUCACUGACCUCAUAGUUGCCGGAUUGCCGACUUAUAUUACAUGUAAACUAGAUAGACAAGAGGUGACAGACCCAACUCUUCUGUUUAGUGCCCUGCGGAAGUAUGAAAAUCAGAAUAAAAAUAUCCAAAAACACUUUACUGAGAGGAAAGGCGUGACUAAAUUAGAAGUGGAAUAUAAAAAGAAAACACAGUGUCAAAUCUGUUACAAGAUGGGUAAAAAAAACAGAUUUCAUUCUGAAGAUUUGUGCUGGUUUAAGAACGAAAAUAAGAAUAUCAAUGAUAGUGUAAAACAUUCCAAAAACUUUAUGUUGGAGGUUGAGCAGUAUCAAGAUACAAAAAACUAGAUAUUCCCCCACUUAUAACAGUUGAUGUUGUGCUGAAUAGUAAAUUUAAAUGCACAGGUAUUUAUGACCCUGGCUCAAAUAUUACCUUAAUAAAUUCCAAAUUAAUAAAAGUAACAGAUCCACAGAAAAAUUACUUUGAAAAUAAAUUCAACACAAUUGGUGGUGGGGGAAAAACUACAGGUUUAAUAAAAUUAAGUGGAAAAAUACUGAAUAUUGAAAAAGAAAUAAAUGCAUUUAUUUGCAAUGAUAAAAACUUCACUCAUGAUUUACUUUUGGGUCUGGACACAAUAAAGCGGUUUGGAUUGACCCAUGAUGGGAAUUUAAACAUCCAACUUCAGAAAGAUGCCUACCCAAUAGAUAAAUAUUUCAGUCCCAUUGGAGAAAAAAAAUAUGAAAUAAACUUUAAUGAGGGUAUUGAUGUGAAUAAAUUUGAUAUUGAUACCACUUAUUUAGAACAUGAUCAAAGAAUGAAAAUUAGUGCAUUAUUAAACAAUUAUAAACACAUAUUUGCCAAAGAUAAAUAUGAUGUAGGCCAAGUGAAAAACUAUGAAGCAUUUAUAGACCUACAAGUAGAGAAAUAUUGCUCAAAAAGACCAUAUAGAUGCUCUUUGGAUGAUAAAGAAGAAAUCGAGAAGCAAAUUGGACAAUUGCUAAAGAAUGAACUGAUUGAAGAAUCUUAUAGUCCAUUCGCAGCACCGGUGACAUUGGCGUUCAAACGGGAUGAAGGGAAAAAGUCAAGAUUAUGUAUCGACUUUCGGGAACUUAAUAAGAUUAUUACCCCACAGCCACAGCCGUUUCCCUUAAUUGAAGAUUUGAUGGUAAAAACCAUAAACUGUAAGUAUUUUACUACUCUUGACAUUAAUUCUGCUUUCUGGUCUAUACCCUUGAGGAUCAGCGACAGAGAAAAGACAGGCUUCGUAACACAAGAAGGUCAUUAUCAAUGGACUUGCCUUCCGUUUGGACUAAAAACUUCUCCGGCAAUUUUCCAAAGGAUUUUGUCUAAUGUAAUAAGAAAACAUGACCUGUCAAAAUUUGUAAUGAAUUUCAUUG